GGAAUUCGGCUCCUAUUCAGACCUUGACGAUCACGAGCAUUUGCUCACUGACUUCCUCUCUCCAAAGGCCUUCAGAAAAAAGAGCAUUUAUCAUAUCAGCCCGCUCUUUUUUCCCCAUCAUGUCCACGCAACCUCUCUUGCAACGCACAGCGUCGAAGCGCAUUGCUCUGCCCGUCAGAGUAGAACCCAAGGUUUCUUUUGCUAACGAGCGGACAUUUUUGUCAUGGCUGCACUUCACCGUCGUUCUCGGAGGACUGGCUGUGGGGUUGUUAAACUUUGGAGAUAGGGUGGGAAAAAUUAGUGCUGCUAUGUUUUCUCUUGUUGCCAUGGCCGUUAUGCUAUAUGCCCUGUACACAUAUCACUGGCGCGCGGCGUCAAUUCGCAGAGGCGGAAGAGGACCUUACGAUGAUCGUGUUGGACCCACUCUUCUCUGUACUGCACUACUCAUCGCUAUAAUCGUCAACUUCGUGUUGAGAUUCACAGAGUCUUAGAGAUUGGACAUGUUUCAUGCUUGGAAUCUAACAACCUAUCUUUCUGGAACCAUCUACAGCACAACUCUAUGUCGACGCUCAUGGAUGUUACUCAUCUGCUUUCAAAUGUAUUAUGGCCCGUUAUAAUGACUCUGCGAAACACUAAUGCCAGAAUACGAUUUCGUGCUUUCGAUAUAUGCAUCAUGAUCUCAUUUUCCAGGUAAUUU